AUGUCUUUAAUCAGGCUUUUGUUAGAGCAGGACUCCAAACGACAGAAAGAGAAGAAGUCAGUCAGAAUGAAAAUUCAGUACACAGCAGGAGGAGAGAAGUACACAGCGGGAGGAGAGCAGUACACAGCGGGAGGAGAGAAGUACACAGCGGGAGGAGAGAAGUAUACAGCGGGAGGAGAGCAGUACACAGCAGGAGGAGAGAAGUAUACAGCGGGAGGAGAGAAGUAUACAGCGGGAGGAGAGCAGUACACAGCAGGAGGAGAGAAGUAUACAGCAGGAGGAGAGAAGUAUACAGCGGGAGGAGAGAAGUAUACAGCGGGAGGAGAGCAGUACACAGCAGGAGGAGAGAAGUAUACAGCGGGAGGAGAGAAGUAUACAGCGGGAGGAGAGCAGUACACAGCAGGAGGAGAGAAGUAUACAGCGGGAGGAGAGCAGUACACAGCAGGAGGAGAGAAGUACACAGCGGGAGGAGAGAAGUAUACAGCGGGAGGAGAGCAGUACACAGCAGGAGGAGAGAAGUACACAGCGGGAGGAGAGAAGUACACAGCAGGAGGAGAGAAGUACACAGCGGGAGGAGAGAAGUACACAGCAGGAGGAGAGAAGUACACAGCGGGAGGAGAGAAGUAUACAGCGGGAGGAGAGCAGUACACAGCAGGAGGAGAGAAGUAUACAGCGGGAGGAGAGAAGUAUACAGCGGGAGGAGAGCAGUACACAGCAGGAGGAGAGAAGUAUACAGCGGGAGGAGAGAAGUACACAGCAGGAGGAGAGAAGUAUACAGCGGGAGGAGAGAAGUAUACAGCGGGAGGAGAGCAGUACACAGCAGGAGGAGAGAAGUAUACAGCGGGAGGAGAGAAGUAUACAGCGGGAGGAGAGCAGUACACAGCAGGAGGAGAGAAGUAUACAGCGGGAGGAGAGCAGUACACAGCAGGAGGAGAGAAGUAUACAGCGGGAGGAGAGAAGUAUACAGCGGGAGGAGAGCAGUACACAGCAGGAGGAGAGAAGUAUACAGCGGGAGGAGAGAAGUACACAGCGGGAGGAGAGCAGUACACAGCAGGAGGAGAGAAGUACACAGCAGGAGGAGAGAAGUACACAGCAGGAGGAGAGAAGUACACAGCGGGAGGAGAGCAGUACACAGCAGGAGGAGAGAAGUAUACAGCGGGAGGAGAGCAGUACACAGCGGGAGGAGAGAAGUACACAGCAGGAGGAGAGAAGUACACAGCGGGAGGAGAGCAGUACACAGCAGGAGGAGAGCAGUACACAGCAGGAGGAGAGCAGUACACAGCAGGAGGAGAGCAGUACACAGCGGGAGGAGAGAAGUACACAGCGGGAGGAGAGAAGUACACAGCAGGAGGAGAGCAGUAA